AUGUUUCCCAAACUCUUCAACCCGAAUCCGAAUAUCGGUCUUCGGAUCCCUCCCACCAACUACAGAAUCUUCGCAAAAAAGGCAAAGCUCCAAGAUGCCAAACCCAACUUCCUGUGGCCAAUCCAGCAGCUCAAAAAAACGGCAGUCAACUUGCUGAAGACCGCACUAACAAAAGCAAAGGAACAACCUGAUCAACUACAUUUCACCCUCAGCAACUCGCCUCUGGCCAAGAACAGUCAAAAGAAGCCUGAUCAAACCUCGCCCAGAGAGCGUGCUAAAACAGCUGCGCUCCACGAGAAUUCGAAAAACUUCCUACCGGCUAUACUGGACGCGUUCCUAGAUGGAAAGAACUGCGAGGAUGAAGAUUUUCCAGUCCGUUUAUGGACUGGACCUACGCCUUCCACUUGCGCUUCCUCCAAUAGAACGGAUUCAACAUUCGCAGAUCCACACUUCAAGCCGAAGCCGCUCGAGUGUAUGAGCGCAAUGCUUAAGGACUGGCCCCCUGAGAAGGUAACUGCAUAUUUUGCUUGGUGCGAAAAUACAGCUUGGGACCCUCCAGAUGAGGACGCGGGGCUGGAAUAUGACCCAGACAACCCGCUGCCCUCUAAAUUUGUUUAUGAGAGCUUCUUCAAUAAAGCCAACAAUCAAGACGGCGAUAUUAUGGACGUUGAUCAAAAUCUCCCGGCCGAGGACAAAGCAGAAGACCCUAUGACAGGUAUCACCGGAGACCUCUUCGCCGAACCCGAAGACGACGAAGAGAUGACAGAUUCGUCUGAACUGCCAAUCGAAGAUUGGUAUGACUCCACCAUUGCACCAUUCACCACUAGGAAUCGUAACCUUCCAGCUCUACUUUCGGUCUCCAAACCUCGCCAUUCAGUAGAAGCCGUGCCGCGUCAUCAGGACAUGAACAAUGUUGCAGCUACUGGAGUUCCUGGUUUGGGCAUGCUUGAAGACGACAACCGUCCUCAACCACCUCUGACCCAGACUGGUUCCUCCGGCGCAACGCCUGGUUUGAGCCUGUUUCCAGGCAGCAACCCUUCUCAACCACCUUGUUCGGAUCAAUCCGAUUCUCCUCGCGCGAUGUCUGGCUUGAACAUGCUUCAGAGCGAGAGUCAGCCUGAACAACAUUCUUCUUCUAAAGCACCGAAGGCUUCUCCUUCUCAGUCUAAGUCAUAUCCGCUAGCUCCUGUCACUAGCGUGACCCAGCACGAAUCCUUUUUCCAAUAUAGGCACACGCCAUUGGUCCGUCUGUCCUCGAACAGAGGCAGUGAUACUGCAACUUCUUCGGUACCUGGUCUGGAUAACGAGGUUGAAGACCAAACUUUUGGGCCAGAUCCUCUCUCUCCGGAAGGCCAGCCAUCGAUGAUUGCUCUGCGUGGAGGGAUCAUCACUAUGAGCAUCAAGUCUGACAGGGGUUAUGACUUGUUUAAAGAUGUACCACUGACAGCAGGCGUUAGGAGGAGGAUGCCAGCGGAUUAUAUGCUGUAUCCGAUGCCAAAGCGAAUUUGCCUUCCCGCAAAGUCUAGCUCUUCUACAGAUGAGUCAGCUUCCAAAACGAGACGGAUCAGCGGUAUUCAUGACGACUUGCUAGAAUAUCAAAAUACCGAGUCGGACCAGGUCGCUGCAAGUCAAACAGGCUCCAGGACGAAGUCCCCGGGUAAUGCUAAGUCGAGUUCGGCUCUUCAGGGGCGUCGCAUGAAAGUUCCAUCCCGUCCGUCCGCACUAUCCAGCAAAGGCGCAAUCCGUCCCGGCAAAGCAGUUUCCUUGUCAGCUCUUCGAAGUAAAGUCCGACCGGCAAUGCAAAGUGGCGCAGGACUUCACAAGGAAUUUGGAUCACGCUCCUUUGCACCUCAAGCGAUCAAGAAGCAAGCGACAUCAUCCUCAGCUGCAGCCAAUCAUUCAUCUCAGCAAGCCGUCCCCCCUUCCACGAAGUUUGCACCAUCAAAGAAGCCCGGCUCUUUCGGAACCAGCACUUCCAAGAGUAAUGCGAUUCCAUCAAACUCAAUUGCUUCCGGCAGUGACGCCAUGGGAAUUGACACGCCUCCCACAGCCUCUUCGCAGUCUGCCAAGCCGAGCAGUACAGGUGUGAAUAAUCAGAUGAGCAAUGUUGUCGCUUCAAGCCCAGAUGCCCACGGACUUCUCAGCUCGGGCCUUGGCUCGACUUCCACACACUUUGUUCAGCCCAAAAAGCCCGGGACCUGGCUCAACCCAAAACCGAAGAGAGAUGCAGUGCCUGUCGUGCCUGCCGCUCCAGUCGUUGCCACUUCGGAACGUUCUGAUUCUACUAUGGGACUCGAUGUGCCUGUCAGUUCGGCUUCUGCCUCUUCCAAUGAAUCAGUUGCAGCUGUGCAAGUUGAUAAGUCUAAAACCUUUGCUCCAAAGCCUUUCACACCAGUGCCUGCUGGAGAUGGAAGGGCAACCCGAGGCAGCGGCACCGCGCGACGAGCUGGCCAAGCACCAGCACGCAGAGCUGCACCGACUGGCAAAAACAUUUCUGAAGCUCGGCACAUCGGUCGCACCAAAGGUGGCUUCCGAGACAGAAGUGACAAGGAGCGCAAAGAACUCGAGGGCAUGUUGAACCAGGUGCCAGACCAGUUCAAAAUUGACGUGCACAAAGUGAUACAGUCACAAGUGUGUGACACCGUGCCGGGACUAUCUGACGAGAGAGUGAGAAGCAUUCCUGACCUUGCAAAGACAGGCGUUGGCGCAAGCGUCGGACCACAUCCUUUCGCGGACAAGUUCCGAUCGAAAGCAGACAACGGCCGAGAUAUAGCGUAUUUUCGCGAGCUCAGGCAGGAGAUGCCUCAAGUAUGGUUGCACCUGAUCACGAUGGUUCUGCAAUCAGGGCGUAGCCCAAAGGAUAUCUUUGACAACGAAUGCGACGCAAUUCUUGGGGCAGAGUGGGUGACCGACCUCGAGCGCAUUGAUAGAGUUGCGAGAGAAGGCAGUGCCGCAGACUCAAAAGCAUUCUUUACUCGCGAGGAUGUUUCAAUGACUCUUCGACCCACAUUCGAUCACGCCGUCGACAAAAUGACCAAGGAUGGCUGUAAAGUCUUUGAAAUGGCUGUCAAGAAUUGGGUCAAACAUGACAAGUCUGGUGGCAACAAAGAUUUGUUCCUCCAAUGCCUUGAGCGAGCUGGCUGGAUACAGGCUCACUCACACCUGACCAGGUUCAUGGGUUGGGCAACAGGAGACGCCCCGCCAGCGAUCAAGAGAGCCUGCUUUAAUCAUUUCAGAUGGGCCUUUCCUAGAAUGCUCCGUGCUGUUUCAACCGAAAGACUCGAAAAGACGCAGCCCUCCACAGUUGGAUAA